GGGACACGUGACUGGCGCUGUCCAGUUGGAUGCUCCGUUGACUAGCGGAGCCUGACAAUCGCACGAUAUGCAUCUGCUAUUAACGUGAAUUCCUCUGCUUGGAUUAAAAUAUAUAGCCUAGCCUCGCCGUGAUCAUGGGACAGUGUGGUGUCAUUUCUUCGAAGACGGUCUUAGUCUUCCUAAAUUUGAUUUUUUGGGCUGCCGCUGGUAUACUGUGCUACAUUGGGGCCUAUGUUUUCAUCACGUAUGAUGAUUAUGACCAUUUUUUUGAGGAUAUCUACACUUUCAUCCCUGCCAUGGUGAUAAUUGCUGUGGGAACACUUCUUUUUGUCAUUGGUUUCAUUGGAUGCUGUGCCACCGUUCGAGAAAGCCGCUGUGGCCUGGUCACGUUCUCAGCAGUGCUGCUACUGGUGUUUGCCACAGAGGUGGUUGUAGUGGUGCUAGGCUAUAUUUACAGAGCCAAGGUCGAGGCUGUAGUGAAUCACUCUAUUCAAAAAGUAUAUAAUGAAUAUAAAGGCACCAACACAGACGCUCCCAGCAGGGCCAUCGACUAUGUCCAGAGACAGCUCCACUGUUGUGGCAUUCAUAACUACUCUGAUUGGAUGAACACUCAUUGGUUUAUUGAGUCCAAAAACAACAGCGUUCCAGUGAGCUGCUGCAAGCCCAGCAUCAGUAAUUGCACUGGGACGUUAAUGCGACCAGGAGACCUCUACCCAGAGGGCUGUGAAGUUCUUGUAGUAAAGAAACUCAAGGACAUUAUGCUGUACGUCAUACUGGCGGCAUUAACGUUCGCUGCCAUACAGAUGCUUGGGCUGCUGUGUGCGUGUGUGGUCCUUUGCCGCAGAGGUCAUGACCCUGCCUAUGAACUGCUUGUCAGCACGGGUAUAGAUGCCUGAGUGGUACCGCAUGGCAUCAUGGGAAGGGCUGGUCCUCCCAGCCAGUGUACUGUACAUAUUUAAACUGAAUCAGGCUACCACUUUUCUACACUAGUAUUAAAACCAGUUUCAGUACCUUUGUUUGACAUAAAAAUCAAAGCUUUGACAGCUUGAAUAGCCACACACUGCUUUAGUUGUGAAGAAAAUGUUACUAAAAAUGUUCCUAGAAGAAGUAUUGAGUCUGAGUACAGACUCUGAUGAGCAGAAAAUAUUCAUUCAGUUGUUUAUUAUAUUGUAAAUAUUUUACACCUAUUGAUUUCAUGUGUCAUGGUAAUGUGAUAUCAUGUGUUAUUAACUAGUUGUUAGGACAAAGACUGAAGUCACUGGUUGACAUAGUUCAGAUGUGUCCCUUAUUUACAGUAUG